ACUUGAGCAACCAAUCUGAUCAUCUGUCGACUCUUGUCUUCAAAAAAGAGAGAAGGAUUUGAAAUGGGUACUUCCAUUCUUCCAUCAUCAAUUCUUAUGGGAGCUCUAAUCAUGGUGAUGAGCACAUUGUGGCCCCUGCCGGAGCUCAUAGUUGCCGAGUAUUCAGGAAAAACAAGAUAUUACAAAUUCGAUAUCAAGUUGCAAACUGUGACACGGCUAUGCCACACAAAGAGCAUCGUGACUGUCAACGGCCUGUUUCCCGGGCCUCAGAUCACGGCACAAGAGGGUGACCGGUUACUAAUUGAGGUGGUUAACCAUGUUCCGAACAAUAUCACCUUGCACUGGCAUGGAAUUCGACAGCUUGGGAGCGGAUGGGCGGACGGGCCAGCAUAUGUGACUCAGUGUCCCAUACAAACCGGCCAAACCUACGUAUACAACUUCACCAUUAUCGGGCAAAGAGGGACUCUUCUCUGGCACGCUCAUAUUUCAUGGCUGAGGUCGACCCUCUAUGGACCCAUUAUCAUUAUUCCAAAGCCCGAUGAUUCCUACCCCUUCGCUAAUCCCUACAAGGAGGUCCCCAUCAUCUUGGGGGAGUGGUGGAAUGGAGACCCUGAGGCAAUCAUCAGCGAAGCUUUGCAGGCCGGACGUGGCCCCAAUGUCUCCGACGCAUACACCAUUAAUGGGUUACCAGGCCCAUUAUACAACUGCUCCGCCAAAGAUACAUUCAAGCUGACGGUGAAGACUGGGAAGACUUACCUCCUUCGAAUGAUCAACGCUGCGCUCGAUGAGGAAUUAUUCUUCAGCAUCGCCAACCACUCCCUCACCGUUGUCGAGGUUGAUGCCGUCUACGUCAAGCCAUUCCACACCGACACUCUCCUCAUUGCACCAGGACAAACCACCAACGUCCUUCUUGAGACCAAGCCUGACUACCCCAAAGCCACAUUCUUCAUGGCUGCCCGGCCGUAUUUCACCGGCUCGGGAACCUUCGAUAACUCAACCGCUGCCGGAAUCCUAGAGUACGAAUACCAAGCUCCAUCCAUUAAUUCUCCUUCACUGAUCAGCAUCUCACCCAAGGAUAUACCGCUCUUAAAACCAUCCCUUCCUCCCUUGAACGAUAUCGCCUUGGUCACUAGCUUUCAAAAGAGUUUGCGCAGCUUGGCUACAACUCAAUUUCCAUGUAACGUCCCUCAGACUGUCGACAGGCGGUUCUUCUUCACGGUAGGCUUAGGGACGAGACCUUGCCCUAAGAACCGAACCUGCCAGGGGCCCAAUGGCGCCCAGUUCUCGGCUUCAGUGAACAAUGUCUCCUUUACACUCCCCACCACAGCUCUGCUGCAGGCUCAUUUCUUUGGACAAGCGAAUGGUAUCUACACCACUGACUUCCCUACAAAUCCGCCCUUUUCGUUCGACUAUACGGGUACUCCUCCACACGACACAGUCGUGAACUGUGGCACCAAAGUAGUGGAGCUGGCUUUCAACACUAGCGUGGAGCUGGUGAUGCAGGAUACUAGCCUACUUGGUACUGAUAGUCACCCUCUCCACCUCCAUGGCUUCAACUUCUUCGUCGUGGGCCAAGGCUUUGGCAACUAUGAUCCCAACAAACACCCGCCCAACUUCAACCUUGUCGAUCCUGUCGAGAGAAACACUGUGGGUGUACCGUCCGGCGGUUGGGUUGCAGUUCGGUUCUUGGCUGACAAUCCAGGAGUUUGGUUCAUGCACUGUCACCUUGAACUCCACACCAGUUGGGGAUUGAGGAUGGCAUGGGUUGUGAUGGACGGAGAGCUCCCACGUCAAAAGCUUCCACCUCCACCGUCAGAUCUUCCCAAAUGUUAAUCUUGAUCUUUUAAACUGAUGGUUUCAAUAUUGCAGUGUGAUGACCUUCGAACUUGUUCAUUGUACUUUUGUUCUUCCUCUUUAUAAAAAUUAACUUCCUUCUUGCUUUACCUUUCUUUCCCUCGAAAAGAGUGAGAAAAGAGAAACUAUAAGAGAGUGGGCAAGUGUUUGUAAUCUUGAGAAGC